GUUACAAACUUGCAAUGCAUUAAUUUCCAAGUUCGAAUCGCAUUUGGUAAAAAUCUUAUCAUAAACUUUCAAGAUACAGAGUAAUGAGUACUUUUAUUAGCGGAUCAGAUUUAAGUUCGGUUUAGAUCAGCUUUUGAAAUCUCUGAAUUUCCGUUCCCCGCCUUUUUUGGUUGCUGCCGGUAGUAUAGUCUUGCUGUAUAGCAGUAUACAGAGAUCUAAAAUGUGCAACUCCUCUCUUCUUACCUAUCUCCCACUCCAAAAUACUACUCCGUAGAUCAUCAUUUUCCCCCAAAAAAGCGGGAAAAUAACUGCUUACCAGUUGUCUGAAUUUCAGUUUCCCCAUUUUAUUUGAAUCAAUCAACUCCAAAAAAAAUAGUUUUAAAAAAUCAUGACAGAUGAAGAUCAAAAGCAUGAGUCCAUCACCAUUCCAAAGCUCCAGGUUUUGCACUUUCUGAUAACCAUAGUAUUAAGAGUACCAAUAUUUUCAAGCAAAUUAAGGACCGAGAAGACGAAGAUCAGGCUUUGAGCAAGGAAUUUGAACCAGGAUUUGAUGAGUCUGAAACCCCUUUACCUCUUACUGUCACUUCUAGGGUGUUGUAUAUGUUGGGGGACUUGACUGCUGGUCCAGCUUACAGGUUUACACAAUGGUUGGAAUUGGUCCGUAAGAGAACCGCUCAGUAUCGGUCCUCCGGUUUUCCUCAUCGGACAAGUUUUGAUCUUGAUACUCCCUUGAGAGAAGGCGAAUUAGCUAUUGGCCCUGAAGACUCUUCACCCUCUGACCAAGCUACUGGAAUUAAUCUUUGGGAAAGGCUUGGCGAAGCUGUUAUGUUGGACAUUGAAUCAAGCACCUUUUCUUGGGACAAUCUUUCUUCACUUCAUCACACAGAGCACAGUGGCAGCACUGACCAAUCUGAUGAUGAUAUGAGUAAAGCCCUUGAGGUGACUGUCAAUUCCGGUGGAGUUGUCUUCUUUGCUUUGUUCAAACCUGUAAAUGAUGAUUGCAAACUAAGAGAAAGUGUUGCGGUGAUCAAGUUUUCAUCUUCUAGAAUGGCCACACAAUCAGAACGUUUUGGCUAUGAAUUAUCAAAGUGGCUAGGUGUUCGAAUACCUCAGGCAAGAGUCAUUCAUAAUACAAGUUCAGAGUGGCUUCGCAUAAAGGAGGCUGCUGAAAAGGCCAGAGAAGUAGCUGCUUCAGAGAGAGAUGAAGUUGGCGAAGUGACAUGCUCUGAGCUUCUUGAAGCUCUUGAACUAAGCCGAUGCCUUUCUUUAAUGAAUUAUGUGCAUGGUUCCCCCUUGUUGGAGAACCAAAUUGCAUUCAAUUCCAGAGAUACUGCAGAGAAGAUAGCAUCAGCUCUCGGCAGGAUUUUGAUGCUAGAUCUUGUUAUCAGAAAUGAAGAUAGAUUGCCUUGUAAGCAGCUAGGCUGGCGUGGCAAUUUUGCUAAUUUAUUGUUUGCUGACAAAAAUGCCUAUGCAAAUAAGGAAUUGUUGGAGGAUGCAUAUGAUUCUGCAAUGAAGCGCUUUAUACCAGGAGUGGUCAGAGUAUUGCAGAAGGAUAGAAGGGCAAAUUCUGUUGAUAGCAGAUUGGACCCUAAUAAUACUGGAAUGAACUCACAAAAGUCUGAUCUUUCUGAUGUUAUGGAAUCGCCAAUAUCCAGUAGAGGAUCUGUAGCAGAUCAACAUAUGAAUGAAAUGGGUGACAGGGACUUCAAUAUUGUGGCAAUUGAUUCUGGCGUUCCUCGCAGACCUCCAGCUGGGAAACGUGCAAAUGACCAGACAAAUUAUCCAAGGCUAGUGGAGCUGCUUCUGAAUAGCUCCACAUAUUCUUCACAUCUACUAUAUGAACUAACUGGAGGAAAAUUAGGAUAUUCUGAAGCUGAUAAGAUGAAUGAUUGUUUUUCUGACAUGAAGUCCAUUGUCCAAGCAUUCCGGCUUGGAUUUCGUGCUGCUCUAAGGGACCUGCAGGGUUUUCAUAUGUUCCUGCUUACACUGAACCAAAAGCUGGAUUCUGUUUUGCGCUCUUUUAUGUGUAUAGUUAACCGAAAUUCUGCUGGGGAAUCAGAUAAAGAGGAUUUUGUGGUUCCUGAUUCACCAGUGUCUGCUGGAAUCCAUUGCCCUUCGCCCACUUCACAUAUAAAGGAACAGACAGUAAAUGAUGGUACUCCAGUCUCAAAUGACACGGAAUCGCAUAGAACUACACCUAAGCAAUCAUCUUCAGGACCUAAGGAACGUUCUGACUCUGUAUCUCCCAGCGCACGAGAAAGCUCCCAGGGAAAGUAUGCAAAAUGGAGUGGUGAGCCUGUUCGUUGCUUACGCUUGACAACAAAGCUUCGAGACUUCCAUAAAUAUGCGAAGGUCGAUGCUGAAUUGAGUAAAGAACUGGAACAGUGGAAUGAUACGCUACGAAAUGAUGUAGUCAAAUUAUGCCAAGAAAACAAUUUCAAUUCUGGUUUCUUUGAGGGAAGUGAUAACAACACCGUGGUUGAUGCUUAUGAGUUGAAGGUAAGGCUGGAGCAUAUCCUUGAGAGGAUAUCGCUGAUAUCUGAUGCUGCUAACACAGAGAAGCCAUCGUUAAUUACAAAUAAUUUGUUCAUAAGUGGAGCUCUGGCUGCAAGAUCUGUGUACACACUUCAGCAUCUAGGAAUCACACAUGUACUCUGCCUUUGCUCAAACGAAAUUGGACAGUCGGAUUCACAGUUCCUUGACUUGUUUAAAUAUCGUAACUUUUCUAUUACUGACGAGGAAGAUUCAAACAUUGGUAGUCUUUUCAAUGAAGCCUGUGACUUCAUAGACAAUGUUGAGAGAACAGGUGGAAAGGUUUUGGUUCAUUGCUUUGAAGGAAGAAGUAGAAGUGCGACAGUUGUUCUUGCCUAUCUCAUGCUCAAGAAGAAGCAAACCUUAUUAGAGGCAUGGAAUGCGCUGAAGAAAGCUCACAGGCGAGCUCAACCAAAUGACGGGUUUGCAAAGAUAUUGCAGGAUGUGGAUGUAUCAUUGCAUGGGAAGGUUUCAAUGGAGUGGCAACAGAGGAAACCCUCGAUGAAAGUUUGCCCUAUUUGCGGGAAGAAUAUUGGGUUAAGCAGUAGUUCACUAAAACUUCAUUUGCAGAAAUCACACAGGAAGCUGUCAUCUGGUAGUGUAGACAGUGCAAUGACAAUGGAAAUACAGAAAGCAUUAAGAGCACUCAAGAUUAGUCGAGGAGGGAGUGUUAGUCCAACUCAAAGAGAGUCGCCCUCCAUGUUGGAGUAGCACAUAUCAUAUGCCGCCUUCUUGCUGUAUAAUUCAGCAAAUUAGCAAUCAGUGUCAACAAUUGUACCAUUAUGUUCCAGUAAGUGUCAAGGAUGGAACAGUAAUUAUCCUUUUGAGGUUGCUUAAAUCCUAAAGGAUGACUCUUGUAUUCUAGCAUGUUUUACAUUCAAUGUAUAGGGAGCAUUGUUUUGUUACCCCGUAUGGGAUGUAUGUAUUGAUAAACAUGUUAAUCCAGCAAUACGUUGUGUAUUGGGAACCAUAUGUAAUACGGCGGUGGAAAUGAGAGCAAUACAUGUAAUGUCAAUUGUGAAUUCGUGAUACUUAGAACGAAAGUGCAUAGAUAAAUUUUCACGGUCAUAUAUAUAAUAUAUUA